AUGUUCGGGCUCACGUUUUCGCGCUGGUACCUGUUCGGCGCUGCCUUCGUCGUGCAGUUCUGCAUCGGCUGCAUCUACGCCUGGUCGGUGCUCAACCACCCCAUCGACUUGGCCGUCUACGGCGAUGCCAAGAAGGGUCGUGCUGUGAACGCCUUCUACAUUGCCAUCGGUGUCUUCGGCGCCGCCACGUCCACCCUGGGCCCCACUAUCGAGCGCAAGGGCCCUAGGUGGGGCGUCUUCAUUGGAACGGUGCUGUACAUGAUCGGCCACAUCGUCACGGCGCUCGGCUGCCACUACAAGUCCAUUACUUGGAUCUACAUCGGCUACGGCGUCAUCACUGCCAUCGGUAUGGGCAUGUGCUACAUUUCGCCCGUGUCGACGCUGCAGAAGUGGUUCCCCGACUACCGCGGCACUGCCGCUGGCUUCGCCGUUGCCGGAUACGGUGCUGGCUCCAUCGUGUGGAGCAAGGUGUACCUGCCUACGAUUGAUGCCGUCGGCCUUGCGUGGAUGUUCGUCCUGCUCGGUGCUAUCAUGAGUGUAGCUAUGUUUGCUUCGGCCCUGGUCCUCCGCGUGCCGCCGGCAGACUUCACCGUCAACGGUCUUAACAUCCACGGUGACCGUGUGGACGAGAGCGAGGCUCUGGAGGAGAAGCUUGACGACGCCUACAAGGCGGUGCAGACGCCGAAGGACGAGGACGUCGUGGAGAAGUCGCCGAUCAAGCAGCUGACCCUGAAGCAGGCCAUAUUGACGCCCGACUACAUCUUCAUGUACAUCAUGUUCUUCGCGAACCAGCUCUUCGGUGUCAUCGUGCUGUCCCGCCUUUCAGGCAUGUGCACGGAUAUCUUCAACAAGAGCGCCGGCACGGCUUCCGACAUCGUGUCCAUCAACAGUGCGUUCAACUGCUGCGGUCGCCUCGCCUUCCCGGCCAUUUCGGACUUCCUCGUCCGCUACCUCAAGGUUGAGAAGACGUUUGCGCGCAAGGUGUUGUACUACUUCACCCUCGGUGCCCAGGUUAUCGUUCUGGGCUCGUUGCCCACGGUCAUCCGACACAACAGCUACACGGUCUUCGUGAUCGAGAUCUUCGUGCUCACGUGCAGCUACGGUGGAGGCUUCGGCACCAUCCCCGCUUUCGUGACGGACAUGUUCGGCGCCUACAACAUCGGCCCGAUGCACGGCAUCAUCCUGACGGCCAUGGCUAUCGGUGGUGUUGCGGGUGGUCUUAGCUUCAACCACUUUUUCAACAGCAAGGUGGCCGACGGCAUGUCUAUCGGUGAGGCGUACAUCGACAACAUCCAGGUCAUCUUCGUGAUCGUCUGCAUCGGUUUCCUGGUGCUCUUCCUCGUGCGCACGAACGCCAAGGACCGUUUCGAGCCGGGAUACCACUACUCGCUGUGCGGCAAGCGCGUCAUCAGCAUUCCUCCCAAGGAGAAGGAUGUGAUGAAGCAGCAGGAGGCUGAAGCUGAGGCCGCGGCCGACAAGCUGCCCGAAACCGCUGUCUAA